CACAAAGCCGUGCGUAUAGCGCACCCGCACCCUCCUAAAAAUGGUGGCCCGUUCGCUCCAUCCCUUUGCAGCCGCCAGCGUUUUUUGUGCCCGCGGGCCACUGAUUUCUCUGCUUUUACUCGGUGUUGCAACCGCAACCUCGUCUGUUGCAACGACGGCCGUCGUCGAGGAGACCCAGAAUCUUGCAGCACAGCAAUGGGAGGUGCACACGCAGACUUGGAAUUUGCACCGCAAGCUUCCGAAUCCCCAGCGGUACAUGGUUACAAUGUACCGCGACGAGUAUGGCAAGCACCUACAGUACACGCAUUUGCAGGGCAACGAACGAGACCUGAGCUGGAUCAAAGUGUGUCGAAACGCCACCACUGCGGGCCGGCGAGAAGUAGCCGGUGAUGUUUCAUCAUCAACACGACCCGACGGCACGACGAGAACAGACGACUGCGACUGGUAUACGGCCGGACAGGCGUACUGCACCUACGAAAAUUCCUUUUUGCGACAAAACGAGCUGGAAGUCUAUAGCGGUGUAGUUCAUCAAGAGAGCAAACAAAUACCCGCUUUGGCCUCGUCUGAGGAAGACAAAACGUCCGCGCCGAGUCACCAGCAGGUGAAAACGAUCGCUGAUGUGCAAAGCGUUGUGAAAUCCGCGGAAAACUUCAUCACGCCGACAGACUUCAACAACUGCGAAAUCCCGCACCUGCACACGUACAACGCCAGCCGCUUCUACCAAAGAAUCCACGAGCCGGACCGGUUCUACAGUCAUUUGAUGACGCAACGCAAUAAGACCCUGCAGCGCUUCCUACCGGACAACCAAGGCCGCUUAGUCGAGAACCCGUUUUUCUACCCUCAGGCCUACCGCGAGGCCUUGGAUUUUUCCCACUUUGGCGGCGGCUCGGAUACGCUGAUCAGGCAAUUGUACUUCUGUCCAGGAGAUGCUCCCCUCGCGAUUUUACUGCUACCGAAAGCCGGGUCGAGUUCGGGACAGCGCUUUGUCUGGCGGUACGAAACGGACAGACUGAAGCAGGCCGUAAAAGAGGAAUUUCACCUGAACACCCUCCGGGUUCUGGAGAACGACCGGUACAAGGAAGCCUACGGCGUCCGCUUGCAGGACUUGCAAGACGAACAGGCAAAAAAAGCUGCUGCAAAAGAUGCUCUUGUCCCUGACGAGGACGCUUCAUCUACUAGUCAGAAGCUUUUCCUGGACACUGGCAAGAUCCGGCAGCAGAUGCGGGAAAACCCAACCUACAGCGGAAACGUAGAUAUGCGGUCGGAACAGCUGGAGAACGCGCCGGUCGCGACCCUGUCUCGUGCGGAGCUGGCGAAGCUGAAGCGGAAGAAGCUCGUCUCUCUCACCGGGUUACUUGUCGACAAAAAGUAUCGGGCCAAGUUCAACCGUAUCAAAUGUAAAAAUGUCUGGGUCUGGAAGACUGCGCGACUUGUCAUGCAGCUUUUCCAUGACCCAUGAGGUCUGGAAUGCAGGACCUAGCAUGACAGAUUCUGCGCGAUCUUUCUCAUGCCUAUCCUGCAUGAGAAACUGCCUCCCGACUUGGUCAAAACUGGACGACUUUUGGUAAUCAUGCAACACAGAUUUUUGCAUGUUUCAGAUUUAGCAUGACAGGUUGCAUUCUUCCAGACCCAGACACUUUUACAUUCGAUAAACCGCGAACAUCGCCCGGCGCUCCAAGACCUGCGCGUAUCCUGAUGAAAAACGUCCCCACACCAGAGUCAAGAUGGGGAUUUUGCAACACAAACCUAGGAGUUUUGGGAGUCACGCAUGACAAGUUUCAGUCCGUAAGGUAGUGCAAGUUAGCAAGGAAAGCCGCGUCACAAAUCGAUCUGCUGAUCCUGUUUACAGCAUUACAAGUUCCCAAACACGAUUGAAAAUACCUGUCAUGGGGUUGCGCAUCACAAAUGUUCCUGUCAUGGCAAAUCUGCAUGACAACUCUGGUGUGGGGACGUUUUUACUCAGGAUAGCGCGUGCUGGAGCCCUAUCUGGUCUUCCGCAGCCCGCGGUGUCCGCUCUGCUGUCGCGACCAGAAGUGGCGCCGGAAAGUUAUCAUCGCACGCAAUCCCUAUGUGCGUUUCGUCAGCGGCUUCUUCUACCUGCUGCGGCAAGCGCUGCUGCGAACCGACACGGGACUACCCCGCUACUCCUACUGGUAUCCUGCGGGCCUGUCCAUGUUCUACGAUGAAAGCGCCUACGAGUGUGACGACGAUGAGGACGAGGCUGGUGGUGCUUUUGCAACGCCAGCAGAUGCGAAACCAUUGGGAGAUUCUGGGGAAGGAACUGGAAAAGGGAUGGGAAAACUGGAAUCGAAAGCUAAACAAAAUGCCAUCGCUCAAGUUUCAUCGCAAAAUAGGCUAACGCACAACUACGACCAGGAUCCCGAUUUGAAGUGUCCCUCGGCGUUUCGGAAGUACUUGCUGCGCACCAUUCCAAACUUCUUCAGUCGCUUCUUGAAGAUCGUGCUGUCUUGGCGUGUUGCUUACGGGAAUAAGGGCUUCAAGUUGAAUUUGGGUCGGUUCACCACCGACGAAGCGCACGACAUUUUGCACGUACGCCCCGCGUCCGACAUUUUGAGUGAUCCAUGGCUGACCAGCAAGUCGCUCGACCGCAGCGUGGCAGAAGAGUACUUCCCGACAGAUGAACAAACGAUAAAAAGAAAGCCAGCCCUACCGGUCGUCGCGGCGGAUGAAGCCGAGCUAAAGGAGAAGAUGAAAAGUAAUCUUUUUGUCGUUCACCUAGAGCAUAAGAGCGAAGACGAAACAAGGCUGCACAAGAUACUGUGUGAGGAGGACAAAGCGCAAAAGUGGUGCAUAUCCUCGAAUGACGAGAAGAAAAAGAAAACCGAAAAGUUCCUGCCGGCAGACGACGUGGCCUUGCAGAAGGCGCUAAGCCACGCGAAGGAGAAUCGAGACACGUACGAGCGCUCCAUGCAAACUUUCUCUCUGGAGUACAUUGCGGGUUGUCGCUGGAGCAGUAGUCUGCGGAAGUUCCAGGCGCCGGCCUGUUCGGAGAGCAGUACCGAACUGCGUUGUGCCUGCAGUGCUCUCGAAUGGAAGAAGCUCUGGACCGAAGAAAAUCGAAACACGUUUUUGAAGCACUUCUCCUCGGAUUUCGAAAUUCUGCAAUACGGGACAAACGUUGAAGAUCUGCUCCCGCUAGAUGAUCACAGGAGCAGAGGAUGA